UUGAUGAGUUGACGAGUGGAGGGGAAGACAAGACAAGCAGCACACACAGAGCGAGAUGCAGACACCGGAGCUGCAAGCGUUCGAGGUCCAUCCCAUUGUACAAUGGCGCAGCGUUCCUUUUCACAUCCAAUCCGUUGAACUCAACGGAACGGACUUGCUGGUGGGAACAAGCCAGGGCCAAUUGCUGGUGUAUGACCUGCCAGAGGGGUCUGUGGGCGCUGUGCCCAGCUUACGACUGACAAAGAAGGACUUUUUGAAGACAUCGCGAAAGCCGCCAAUCUCCCAGCUGCUCGCUGUGCCGGAGCUCAACAUCCUGCUGUGCCUCGCAGACACCUACGUACACGUCCACGACCUCACCACAUUCACGUCCUUGUACACCAUCGAGCGGAGCAAGGGCACGCUCCUCUUCGCCGCAGACCUCCAUGUCCGUGGUAUGCCGCAGGCAGACACCCAUCGCCUCAGCGAGACGCGGAGCACCCUGCCCGUGGACCGCCUCACACUCCAGCUCUGCUGCAUCGUCAAGCGACGCUUCUUCGUCUUUGAAGUCGGCCGCGACGAAGCCAAGCACAUCAAGGACCAGCCCUUGCCAGACACACCACAGACAGCCGUGUGGUGUGGGCGAAAGCUGUUCUUUGGCUUCAAGCGGGAAUACGAUCAAGUCGAGAUUGAGACGGGCCGGGUGGUGGAGGUGCCGACGGAGUCCACGGGCUCGUUCGACCGCCUCGCUGUCCGCCUCCCAAACAACACAUUCGCCCUCACCGCAGAGCGCGACGGCAGACCCGUUGUGAUCUUCAAGGACAUUGAGGGGAAACCGCUUACGUCGUACGGAAUCCAAUGGGAGGACUGGCCCCGUGCCAUCGAUGUGUACGGCCCGUACAUACUCGGCGUGACAGACAAGGGCAUUGAGGUUCGGUUCAACGACGAGACGUCCAAGCUGAUGCAGCUGAUCCACCUCGACAGUCCGCAGUUCCUUGUGCACGGUCACACCAUCCUGGCUGCCUCGCCGUCAGCGCUGUGGCAGCUGCACCCGGUGCCUUACGACCAGCAGAUUGACUCCCUCCUCGACGUGAACCGAUUUGUCGACGCAAAGAAGAUCGAGGCUGCAAUGCCUGGGACGCCCGAAGAGCGCAUGAAGCGGCGCUACAAUAUGGACAAGGCGCACGCCUACUACGAGUUCAACCGCAAGAAGCACUUCAAGGUCGCCCUCGACCUCCUCAAGGGCAUCGAGGUGUCGCCGGCAACGGUCCUGCGGCUGUACCCGUGGCUGCUGCCGAAACACACGCCGGCAGAGGGUGUGCCCGGCGCACCGCAACUCACCCCGCAGCAGAAGCAGGAGGCCAUCGCAGCCCUCAUCCUCUACCUCACCGAGAAACGAACACAACUGUACAAGUUUGACAGCAAAGCGGAGGCCCCGGACGAAGCAGACAAGCGCAAGAAACUCAUGAGCAUCGUCGACACCACCCUCCUCAUCUGCUACGUCAGGACGGGCUCGAGUUUGCUUCGCUCAUUUGUGCGCGUGAACAAUCACUGCGACAUCAGCGAGAGCGAAAAAGUCCUCAAGAGUGCCGACAAGCUUGAAGAGCUCGUGCUGCUGUAUCAGAACAGGGGACUGCACCGGCAAGCACUCGAGCUCUUGCGCUCCAACAUCAACAAGACGACGCCAGACCCAAAGACCAUGGACGAGGAGGAGUGCAAGGCAAUGGCGCAGCGGCGCGCAAAGUGGAUGCACGCAAUGAUCUCGCACUUGCAGAACUUGAAGCCGGAGCACGUGGGCCUGGUGGUGGAGUACUCGUCCACAAUCCUCGACAUUGACGAGAAGCAAGGGCUCGGCAUUUUCAUGUCAAAGGACUUUCCAAACGUCAAAACCUUUCCACGGGUUCCCAUCAUGCAGCAUCUCCAAGAACACUACCCGCACCUGCUCACACAGUACCUGGAGUUUGUGGUGACGGAGUGGAACGACACGUCACGCGAGAUCCACACGGCGCUGGCGCUGUCCUACCUCAACGCCGUCCUCAAGAUGAAGAAGACACCGCCUCUUUCAUCGCCCGAGCGGCAACGGCUGUAUCGGUUCCUGCGGACGUCGGACCACAUUGACGCCUCGCUCAUCAUGCGACGCGUCGCCUCUGCGGGAGACGUGCUGGUUGAGGAGCGCGCUGUGCUGCUGGGACAACUGAACAGACACGCGGAGGCGCUGCGCAUCCUGGCCAACGACGUUGCCGACCCGUCCUUUGCCGAGGACUAUUGCAACGACAACUACGACCCGCACGACCUUGAUCGCCGCAACCUGUACAUGGUGCUGCUCGAGCACUACCUCAGACCGGCGAGCGGGCCGCCAAAGACGCAGCAGGCCCUCACCAUCCUCGGCAAACACUCGGACAAAGUGAAUGCGUUGAAGGCGUUGGACAUGCUUCCACUCGACACAAAGAUCUCUGAAAUUGAGGAUUUCCUAAUGGCGAUCCUCACGGAGCGCGAGCACACGCGCCGCGCCGUUGCCGUGCAGGCAAAUCUCGCAAAGACCGAGCAGCUGCAGGUGUCUGAGCGUCGCAUCGCCAUCCACAGCAAACACUUCAAAGUCACCGAAGACUCGCUUUGCUUUGAGUGUCGCAAACCCAUUCGCACACACGCAUUCGCCAUCUACCCGUGUGGGACGCUGGUGCACCUGCACUGCAUGGAGAACGAGUCGACGUGCCCGCGGCACAGCACGCGCGGGCGAUGCCGCCUCACUCUCAAUUAGGACGCGCAACUGUCAUGAACGACUCUGCAUAUUGGUGUUGUGGUGGUGUGGAGUGAUGGAUGGGACAGCAGGCUGAGGUGUGAGGUUGUCGUGUACGCGAUGCAGAGCGAAGAGAGGUGGAGAGGGAGAAUGAUGAUGAUGCUGAUGAUGUGUGCGUGUGUGCGUGUGUGAUUGUGUUCUGCCUGCAUUGGUUUUUGUUACGCUCUUUGGUGUGCGUGUGCGUGUUGGCACCGCUUCCUCCGCGAUGCUUCUCUUUGUACAUAUACAUGCCUGCCUGCCACACACGCGCGCGCGCACACACGCAUACACACACACACACACACAUCAAUGUACGUUAUGUUACACUUGGGCAAAUGAACGGCUUUUGAGC